AUGGCGGACGCUUCCGCCGCUCCGCUUCCCCCCGUUCCGCCGUCCCCGCCAGUGGCCCUCGUCUGCGCGGCCCUCACGUCGCUCGACCAGCCGCUCCAAUGGCGCCCCGGCAGUCCCGCCGCGGGCGGAAUCUACAACCGAGCCACCGCGCCCUUCCGCGCGCACAGCGCGCCCGGGGGGCUUCCGCGGCGACGGCAGCGGUGGGACGCGGUGGACGUGCGGGCUUACUUGAGCCACCACCUGGUGACGCUGCCGCCCGUGGCAUGGCGCAACUGCUGCCGCACGCACGGCGUGCAGGUACUGGGCACAUUCAUCACUGAGUGUUGGGCGGGCGCUAAAGUGUGCCAGCAGCUGCUCGCCUCGCCCGCCACUGCUGCUCACCAGGUCGCCCGCCUCGCACACUGCCACGGCUUUCAUAGCUGGCCUGUAUGCUGGGCUGGGGGUGGAAAGGGGGGGUACAGCAGUGUGACGGAGGACGGCAAGGUGAGGUGGCAGGACGCGCUCACAGCGGCCAACCGCUGCUGCUUCCGCGCCUGUCAUGCCAUCUUCACUAACUACUCCUGCCAGCCGUGCAAUCGAUGUGUUCAUGGGGGUGGACUGCUGUCUCGCACCGGGCCGUGCCGCCAGGCCAAGGGCUUUGCCACAGGGCAGGCGGUGAGCGUGGCGCUGCAGAGAGGGGCGUCGGCCGCUGUGUUUGCACCCGCGUGGGUGUAUGAGACUCGCAAGGGGGAGAGCUUUGACGCGGCGCAGGAGAGGGAGAGGAAUGGGGAGGAGGUGGGAGGAGGGGAAGAUUUCUUCCUUUUCCCUCCCCCUGCUCCCUCGUCCCCCCUUCCCCCCACCCCCUACGUUGCCCCCUUCCAGUUCUCUCUCCUCCUGCCCCCCCGCCCUUGCCCCUUCUCUUUCCCCCCACCAGGCUAUGGCUCGGCAUUCGCACGGCCCUCCACUCGCGCCGCUCCCACACCUCUCCUUGCAACCACAGCACGGCGGGCAAGGGGAUGGGGCACAGGGGUGCAAGAGCGAGGCAUUGAGAAGGGGGAGCAGGCAGGUGGAGGGAUGAGUGUUGCAGGGGAGGGUGGGGAACGGGGAGCUGUGUGUGCAGGGGCUGUAGCAGGCGAGUGCAGUGUGGAGUGUGGGGGGGAGGAGGUGCGAGGCCGGUUUUCCGUCUUCACGUCCUUCGACCAAGUCGUCCCCACACCGCCUCGUCCCCCCUCAUUCUUUUUCCCUUCCCUCCCUCAGGGCGUCGGCACCAACAUGUGGCUGUCUGACCGCCAGGUGGCGAGCUCCCAUUGGAGCAACUUCUCCUGCCAGACGUGGAGGGAGAGUGGCAGGGCGGCAGAACUAGAGGGAGGCAAGCAGGGCAGGAGGCAAGGGACAGUGAGGGCUCAGACUGGGCUGGGUGGUUGGGGGCUGGGGGGUUGUGGGGUUGGGGCUUUUGGGCUGGGGAGUUGGGGGGUGGGGGGUUGGGGAUUGGGGUUAAGACUGGGUUGCAAGCAAGGGACAGGGGCUUGGGGGGGGUGGGGCAAGAGGGGAUCUGGGGAGAUGUGGUGUGAGGGGAUUGGGUUUGGGGGUGGGGGAGGGACAAGGCUAUGUGUAUGGUACAGUGCCAGUGCUGCUAGUGCUCUGGGUGCUGGCAGUGCCGCCACAGGGGCGCAGCAGAAAGAAGGAAAAGCGGGUCCUUCCAUCAAGCGCCUUGCCAAGCCAUGGCGCGAUUAUGCAGGAGCAAGUUCCAGCCGCGUGCAGCGCAAUGAAAGUGGCGAAACUGGAGGCGACACAGACGUCAGCGACGAUGACCUCGAGGAGAUCGUCUUUGAAUCUGGAAGCGAGGAUGACUCGGAUAACUCCAAGGGCGCAAGUGACGAAGAUGAUAACGACUCCGACGGAGGCGAUGAUGCGAGCGGCGCACACCGACGCACCGGUGGAUCGAGGCGUGAUAGGCGCCAAUCGACCUCAAGCAGCAAGCGCAAGUGGGAGAUGCACGAGCUAGUGUCACUUGCGGCGGCCCGGUGGAAUAUGAAAGAUGACCUCAAGGCGAUGCAAGGGAAGCAGGGAAGUCAGUACUGGAAGAAGCUCCGCGCGCACAUGAAGGAGAAGGACUCGACGUGGGACCGGGAGAGCGUGCAAAUGUCCAUGGCGUGGAAGCGGAUUGAGAAGGAAUACCUGGACACUCAACGGAAGGAGGGGACUAGUGGCGGAAAAGCCAUAAAAAAUAAGCCAUGGUGGGACUACGUCUACCACCUGAGAAAGCACUCCGCGAAGGCGAAGGCGCACGCGCUUGAUGGUGGCGGGGCAGCGACCAUCAAUGUCGACGCCUAUGCCUCCGUGCCAGCGCAAAACGAUCCGCAAUCAUCGGGGGCUCCGUCUCCGACACGAGCGCGCGGAGCCCGGCUUCAAGCAUCUACCCCUGGUGCGUAUACGGCGCAAAGAGCUGGAGACCGGGUUGCGCCUGAGGAUGAUGAUGCAGGCCGUCCCGGCGCAAACCCUCCAGAGCUUGCUCUCGUGCCUCCUUGCGAAGGCCAUCGACCCUUCAGCGCGCCGAUCGUCCUCUCGACCACCAUGCGCGUCGCCGACUGGACGUAG